AUGUCUGCGAAUUACGAAAGGAAAAUAGUCAUUGUUGGGAAAACCGGAAAUGGCAAGAGUUCCCUAGGCAACGUUUUACUUAGAAGGCGUGCGUUUGAUGAAGCACGUAGCUUUAAUGCUGUCACUAAAGAAUGCAAAGUGGAGAGCGAUGAGGGAAAUGUUUCUGUUGUUGACACUCCUGGUCUUUUCGAUAGCGACGGAGAGAGAAGUCUGGUAAUGCAAGCUUUGGAGAUCCAAAAGGCAAUAAAACUUUGCCCAAAUCCCCAUGCCUUUCUUAUCGUGCUAAAUGGAUCCACCAGGUUAACACAAGAAGAGUUGUCAACCGUUGAUGUCCUUCGCAUUAUUUUCGGUGAGCAGUGCUUGAAAAAGGCUAUCAUUGUUCUGACACAUAUAGAAAACAAUUUAGACGAAACGCAGUUGGAUGAAAUGCUCGACGAAAAUAGCGGAAUGAGCAGCCUGAUCAAGCUGUGCGAAAAUAGGUUUGCUAGAAUAGACAAUAGAGAACCAAAGCCUGAGCAUAUAGAACGUAUCAACAGACUUGUCGAUAAAGUAUCUCGGGCAGGAAAAGUCAGGUUCAAGAAUGGAUUUCUGAAUGUACACGAGCGGGUGUUUCGAGAAGCACUUAAAAACCAUGAUAGUGGACCAGUUCACGAACAAAUUAAACGGUUGUCUGAGCAGAUCCUGAAAGCUGUGGAAGAAGAAAAGGAGUUUAAUAGAAAAUGCUGGAAGGCAGCAGGCGUGGGUGCGGUUUGUGUGGCUGCAGGGAUAGCUUACUUAUGCAACGAUUAUAUAGUUGUUUGUAACUGA